ACUAGAAAAAUAACUGCACCCACGCGGCUUUAUCUGACAUUGGCAGUAGAGCAGGAUCGUUCAUGUUUAUCAAAACAGCCGGCAACUUCCUUUCGCAGCGAAAGGUUGGCUAGGACGAGAGUCAUUGUCUUCACUGACUGUAUGGAACCUACUCAAGCAGAUUUUCGCCUACGAAGUUAUCAAACAAAUGUUGAAAAAUACAUCAGCACCAUGAAAAAACAUCAGGUUCUGCUUGUAUUGUCACAAGGCAUGGUUCCCAGCCAUUUGUUAUUGCGGAGACUGGGGUGUGUGCGGCCGGCGUCGGCGGCUGCCAGCCAGCGGCGCCACGGCGCGCCGAGCCGCUCGCAGGUCGACCUCGCCGUGGUCGGAGGCGGAAUUGUGGGCGCAGCAGCAGCACUGCAAAUCAAGAAGAGAUUUCCAACGCUGCAGGUUGUCAUUCUAGAAAAAGAGGCAACUUUAGCUGCUCACCAGUCGGGACAUAACAGCGGGGUUGUCCACGCUGGCAUCUACUAUACGCCCGGCUCUCUGAAGGCCCAGCUGUGUGUCAGAGGACUGCGCAUGACCUACGACUUCUGUGAUCAGCACAACGUUCCUUACAGAAAGAUCGGCAAGCUGAUAGUGGCGCUGGACGGGACCGAGAUGGCCGGCCUCCGGCAGCUGCACGAGCGCGGCCAGCGCAACGGCGUGCCCGGACUGGAGCUGCUGGACGCCGACGGCCUGCGCCACAUCGCGCCCCACUGCACGGGCGUGGCCGCGCUGUGGUCGCCUCAGACGGGUAUCGUCGACUGGUCGGCCGUCACCCGCGAGUACGGACGCCAGUUCGAGCGGCUCGGCGGCCGGCUGCGCCUCGGCACCGAGGUGACCGGCUUCGAGCAGCUGACCGAGCCCAGCCGGCCUCUGCUACUGCGCUGCGGCACACAGCGGCCGGAGCGCGCCCGGUUCGUCAUCACCUGCGGCGGUCUGCACGCCGACCGGCUGGCCGCCCUCUCCGGCUGCGGGCCAGAGCCGCGCCUGGUGCCCGUCCGCGGAGAGUAUCUGCUGCUGCGACCCGAGAAGGCGCACCUGGUGCCCACCAACAUCUACCCGGUACGUGUUGCCGACCACCCGCCCGGCACUUGUACCUAG